AGACACGAGCGACUCUCUGCUCUUAAACUGUGGGAGCAGCUGUGACACGGUGACGCUGAUUCAGUCCUCCGGCUCCUGAUUGGUGGUGAGCGGCUCUUCCAGGAGCGCAGCGCCGCCCAGAGGAGCCCGAGACCCCGCUGCUUAUUGGACAAAAGUGGCUUGAAAGCGCAGAGGGUGAUCCCCCCUCUGCUGCUCUGCUCUGGUUGGUCUGGCAGGAGUCUCCGCGCUUUCGUGGACAUAUAAAGGAGGGUUUGCGCUGUUUGAGUCACACUUUCUCUGAGUUUGUCAGAAAAAUCUAGUAAAAAUUAACCAUGUCAGGAAGAGGCAAAACCGGCGGAAAAACCCGCGCUAAGGCAAAGACCCGCUCCUCUCGUGCUGGACUCCAGUUCCCCGUCGGUCGUGUUCACAGGCUGCUGCGCAAAGGCAACUACGCUCACCGUGUGGGUGCCGGCGCCCCCGUCUAUCUGGCCGCUGUGCUCGAGUACCUGACCGCUGAGAUCCUGGAGCUGGCUGGAAACGCCGCCCGCGACAACAAGAAGAGCCGUAUCAUCCCCCGCCACCUGCAGCUGGCCGUCCGCAACGACGAGGAGCUCAACAAACUCCUGGGCGGAGUGACCAUCGCUCAGGGCGGCGUGCUGCCCAACAUCCAGGCUGUUCUUCUGCCCAAGAAGACCGAGAAGCCCGCCAAGUCCAAGUAAACCACAACAACUCCACAAGCAAACAAACAAAAGGCUCUUUUAAGAGCCACA